AUGAGCAACCGCGAGAGUCUGUUGAGCGUCGAAGGCGUCAGCCUGUCCUUCGGCGCCGUGCAAGCGCUGAUCGACGUCAGCAUCGAGGUCUACGGCGGCGAAAUCCUCGCCAUCAUCGGCCCGAACGGCGCCGGCAAGACCUCGCUGCUCAACGUCAUCAACGGCGUCUAUCGCCCGCAGCAGGGCCGCCUGGUGUUCAUGGGCCAGACCCGCCCGCGCAACCUGCGCCCCUAUCACGUCGCCCGCCAGGGCAUCGCCCGCACCUUUCAGAAUGUGGCGUUGUUCAAGGGCAUGAGCACCCUCGACAACCUCAUGACCGGCCGCGUUCUGCACAUGCGCAGCGGCCUGCUGAGCCAGGCGCUGUACUGGGGCCGGGCGCUGCGUGAGGAGGAGUCGCACCGGGCGUACGUCGAGCGGGUAAUCAACUUUCUGGAGAUCGAGGCCAUUCGCAAGACUCCGGUCGGGCGCCUGCCAUACGGCUUGCAGAAACGCGUUGAAUUGGGCCGUGCGCUGGCCGCCGAACCGCGCCUGCUGCUGCUCGAUGAACCCAUGGCCGGCAUGAACGUGGAGGAGAAGGAGGACAUGUGCCGCUUCAUCCUCGACAUUCGCGACGAGUUUGACAUUACCUGCGUGCUCAUCGAGCACGACAUGGGCGUGGUGAUGGACAUCUCGGACCGCGUCGUGGUGCUCGACUACGGCCGCAAGAUCGCCGACGGAUCGCCGGACGAGGUGCGCGCCAACCCGGACGUCAUCGACGCCUACCUGGGUGUGGCGCACACCUGA